UUUUUUUAUUUUCAACAAAAUCCCAGUUAUCCUUUUACGAGAUUUCGUUGUAUAAUAAAAUCUUUUUCAUGUUUACAAACUUUUUAUCAAUACAUCCAUGACAUAUCGCCAUUUGACGAUAAAACAACACCUAACAGGGUCAGACACGCGGAUCAACUAACAAUCGAUACCUCGGCGUGCACCUGCAGUUUACAACUCCUGUUGUUAAUUUCGAUGUUAUUUUCGUUAAAAAACAAAGAAUGAUCGUUUUGAAUAUUGUGAGGGCUUGUGUGUGGCAGUCAUCUCGAAAAAUUCACACAACAAUCUCGCAAUGUGACGCGGUGGUAAUCAGCGGCAAGCAAAUAGCAAAAGACAUAAAGGAUGAACUAAAGGUAAUUGUGGACUCCUGGGUGGCCUCAGGACGCAAACCCCCCCGGCUCUCCGCCAUUCUAGUGGGCAAUGACCCCGCCAGUGAAGUUUACAUCGGGAGAAAAGUGAAAGCAGCGAAUUCCAUCGGAAUUCGUGCAGAGACAAUCCUCCUGAAUGCCGACAUCAAGGAGGAGGAACUUAUAGGAAACAUAAAAAGGCUCAAUGCGGAUCCGGAUGUCGAUGGGAUUCUCGUCCAGCUGCCACUGCCCUCGGGAUUGAACGAGAAAAUCGCCUGCGAGACUGUCUGUCCGAGCAAAGACGUGGACGGAUUUCAUUCUGAGAAUUUGGGAUUGCUCAGCACUGACAGCGAGGGCUUUGUCCCCGCGACAGCUCUAGCUGUCCGGGAACUGAUACUGAGGUCAGGGGCUAAGACCUUAGGACGUAAUGCCGUUGUCAUCGGGCGGUCCAAACAUGUAGGAUUACCCACAGCUCUUCUGCUCCAUGCGAACGGAAAAGGUGACACCAGAGCCCUUGACAUGACGACAACAAUUUGCCACAUCCACACACCUCGAGCUGAACUGAUAAAAUUCGCCAACUUGGCAGACGUUUUGGUUUCAGCAACGGGGGUCCCUGGUCUUGUCACUAAGGACAUGGUGAAGCCUGGAGCCUGCGUGAUCGACGUGGGAAUCACCCGGGUGGAUACCCCGGAUGGAAAGACGAAAAUCGUUGGAGAUGUUGAUUACGAGGAAGUGAAGAAAAUCGCUGGAUUCAUUACACCUGUUCCGGGGGGUGUGGGACCAAUGACUGUUGCCAUGUUGAUGAAGAAUACUCUGUGGGCGGCGGAGAAAAAUCUUAAGAAUAAAAAAUAAUUUUAAA